GAGGAUUUGAAGGUUUCGCCCGCAGCUAUUCGAUAUUCUCAAGAUCCCCAAUACUAGAUUGGGUAACAAGCCAAGAACUGAACCCCCAAUUUUAGAUCCGUGUUUUGCUCUCGCGUUGGCCCGACACUGGCUAAAAGUCUUGGCAGCAUCUAACAUUAUAAAAUAUGGCUCUUCCGCAUUUGGCUCCGUUAGUUGAAUCAUCACAUCAUCCUAAAAUACAUGAGCUAUGGGCUCUACCCUAAUACCACCGAAAUUGAGCGUGUGGGUAAUUUUUUUCCUAUGGCAACUCACGCAUGCAGCUGCACAAACCAGUACAACCUCAGCAACCCCAUCGCCAACAGCGACACCAACUGGUGAUGGAGGAGGAGAUGGCGGUGAUGGUGGUGCCUUGGACAUACUCAACAAGGCACGAGAGAUUAUCGCCCAGACCGCCGUCUUGGGUGCCAUAACACUUGUUGUUGGUGUAUUUCUCCUCUUUUUCGGACAACGAUUUUUUAAAGUCACGCUUUUCGUUGGUGGAUUUUUCGUCACUGCUUUGGUCGGCUAUUUGAUCCUUACCGCCGUCGAACCCUCUACGGGAUUUCCAAAUCGAAAUACUGUUCUUCUCCUUGGUCCGCUCGCAUCUGGUGUCAUCGGCGGGGGGUUGGCGCUCUGUGUAUGGAGAUUGGGUCUCGUGGCUAUCGGAGCGGCUGCAGGAUUUUUGUUUGCAAUGUUCAUUUUGUCAUGGCAAACAGGUGGUGUGAUCGGUACAGCGAAGGGCCGUAUCAUUUUCCUCGCUGCCAUGACAGGAGUAGGGGGCCUCGCCAUCUCCUUUUUUCAAAAAAUUCUUCUCGUUGUUGCGACAAGUAUUGGAGGUGCAUACAGUAUUGUAUUCGGGAUUGACUGCUAUGCACGAACGGGAUUCACAGAUUCCACAAGACAAUUUCUGGUGGGAGAGAAUAAAUUCAGUUAUACGGUUUUCGAGCGCAAUGGCAAAGUAAUCGCCCUGUUAUGUUCAAUGAUCGCCUUUGCGAUUAUUGGCAUGAUAAUUCAGUUUAGAUUCUUCAAGCGACGAGAUGAUUAGGUUUUAUUCUUUAUUACAUUGGUUUAUUUAGGCAUAUAUGCCGUUAAUGUAUUUUCGUCACUCUGUUCUGCUUCACGUCAGGAAUAGUACACAAUUUUACAGAAUGAGCUGCAAAGCUUCCAUUACCAUUCUACAUAAGCAC